AUGUGGUUGUGGUCGUGCGCGGGCGGGGAGUGCGCGGAGCAGGGCGGAGGCGAGUUUGGAGAGCUCCAGAUCAACCUCAGCAGCGACGGCGGCACGGAGCAGAAGAGGCCGCCAGCGGCCUACAAGGAGGAGAGCAUGCUCAUGCGCGGGGACUCCUUCGACAUCACGUUCACCCCGAGGACGUUUGCGAUCGGCGGCGAGGACACGAGCGUGUGGUCUUCCCACGGCGUUCCAGCCACCCCGCGUCGGCGCGCUGGUGCGGAGGGGCUAGACCUUCCGAUACUGAGGGAGUACCGGGUACCGCCGAACUGUAACAAGGAGGACCCCGUGGAGGUCCAGAGAGCAGCCCUGUUGCACAUGUACCAGGCGUUCGCGGUGGAUCUCCACGCGGGAAUGUACUUGACGCAGCUCACGUCCAGCAGGGAGCAUUCCGAGAUCCAUGUCCAGCUGAUGGACGACCUGGUGACCCUGAAGAUGGACCAGAGCAACGGCCACAUCUUGGAGUUCCCACUGGACAAGGUGCUGAAGGUGUACCGGAUUACCCACGACGCGAGAGGAGCCGGUCUCGAUGACCAGGCCGCGCACAUUGUGGUGCUGGAGUUCAUGCGCCGAAAGCUCGCCUUCGUCUUCCCGGAGGAGAAGGUCACGCAGCGUUUCCUCAUCUCGCUGGAGCUGCUGAUCCAGAGGGCGAAGCAGCACGCAAAGGUGCAGAGGCCCGCGCUCACCCCCGCGCUCCCGCAGGGGCCGCAGCAGUCGGUCCAUACCUGGCCAGCCGACGCGCUGGUGGCACAGUGUCCAAGCCCGUCGCCCAGGGGGGGCUGGCGGGUUCGUAAUUCGGUGAUCUCGCAGCACCGCUGUCCGGGGUGUUGA